CAGCAGCUGCUAUUAAAGCUCUGCGGACCAAGGGGCAGUGGUCACAAAUAUCUCUCUAGAUCAGCUACUAGGGAAAAAAAAUACUGAAUUAUUAAAGAUUAAGCCCUACUUAUCACAAUGCACUGCCUGAAAAGUCUGAGGACAGCUAACCCGGGAAUCUUACAGCUAUUUAAAAAUGCAGGGAUCUCCGCCAGAGUUGGAGCUGACAACAUUGUUUUGUCCAGGACGCAGCAACAUGUUCCCUGCUGGGCUGCAGCAUCACCCCACGCCCACAAAGCCUUUCACUACCAGAAAGACCCUGAUGUGGACCAAGGACACCCCAAGAGUAGGUUUAUGUCCAGUAUGGAGGAUUUACUUUUCUACACUAUCACUGAAGGCAAAGAGAUGAUCCCCCUGUCCCAGUUCAUCACUGCUUUGAGAAAGACAGGUUUGUUGACAUCUGACCCUCGGUUGCGUGACUGUGUCCGUCAGAUGCGACAAUCCUCACGUGACUCUGCCGGGCCAGUCAUGAUGGACCAGAAGCUCUUCAAAAGGUGUGUGGGCAACAACAUCAUGCUGCUGACUAAGGCUUUCAGAAAGAAGUUCAUCAUUCCAGACUUUGAACAGCUGACCCAGCACAUCAAUAGGAUGUAUGACAAUGCGCAAAAGCAGGAGGCAGGACAAGUAGCUGAUUACAUUCCUCAGCUGGCUAAAUUCAGCCACGAUCUCUGGGGUGUAUCUCUGUGCACGAUUGAUGGGCAGAGACACUCUGUGGGUGACACCAAGGUUCCCUUUUGUCUGCAGUCAUGUGUGAAGCCUCUGGAAUACGCCAUUGCUCUGCACGAGUUGGGCAGCGAGCAUGUUCACCAAUUUGUGGGCAAAGAGCCCAGCGGAUUCAAGUUCAACAAACUGUCCCUUAAUGACGAAGAUAAACCACACAACCCGAUGGUAAAUGCCGGAGCUAUCGUCCUCAGUUCUUUAAUUAAGCCUCAUUCAAAUAAGGCAGAGAGGUUUGACCACGUGAUGGAGUUCUUGAAAAGCUUGGCUGGAACAGAGUAUGUGGGCUUUAGCAAUGCAACUUUUCAGUCUGAAAGGGAGACUGGUGAUAGAAAUUAUGCAAUUGGUUAUUACCUCAAAGAGAAAAAGUGCUUUCCUGACAAUGCAGAUAUGACUGCAGCCCUUGACUUCUACUUUCAGUUGUGCUCCAUUGAGGUGAACUGUGAGUCAGGAAGUGUCAUAGCUGCCACACUGGCCAACGGGGGUAUUUGUCCAAUCACAGGUGAGCGUGUGCUGAGUGCUGAAGCUGUUCGCAACACCCUGAGCCUCAUGCAUUCCUGUGGCAUGUACGACUUCUCCGGACAGUUUGCCUUCCAUGUGGGCUUGCCUGCUAAAUCUGGUGUUUCGGGUGCUGUUCUGCUGGUUGUCCCCAACGUCAUGGGUAUCAUGUGUUGGUCUCCACCAUUAGAUCGGCUCGGAAACAGUGUUCGUGGCAUUCACUUUUGCCAGGAGCUGGUGUCUCAUUUCAACUUCCACAAUUAUGACAACCUGAGGCACUUCACCAAGAAACACGAUCCCAGGAAUAGAUCAGAUGAAGAUUCAAACAAGUCAGUGGUAAACCUGAUGUUUGCAGCCUACAGUGGUGACCUCGCUGCUCUGAGGAGGUUUGCCCUUUCAGCUGUGAACAUGGAGCAGAGGGACUACGACUCUCGCACUGCGCUCCACAUUGCUGCUUCAGAAGGUCAUUUAGAAGCUGUUAUCUUCCUAACUGAAGUAUGUAAAGUGAAUCCCCACAUGAAAGACAGAUGGGGAAACACACCUCUAGAUGACGCCAUGCAGUUUGGCCAUGAUGUUAUUGUUUCAGCCUUGCAAGAAUACACAGACCGCAACGCCCCAUGCAACACAGAGGAGCAGAAGACCACACUGGAGACAUACAGUACGUUGAAAAGCAUCGUCUAAACUAGAGACGGUGCAGUACCAUUUUUUGUUUCUCGAUUCCCAGUGAUGUAGUCAAAUGUAUUGGAGUUGGUAUAUUGUACUGUGUAUAUAUUGGCCAGAAUCUGCCUUUUGGGGGGACGGGGAGGGGUCGGGGUGUCCUCCCCCAUGGAAGUUUCGAGCAUUAACGACUUCAUUUCCUGUAUUCGGAUUCACUUUUAUGCACCGAUUUACGGAGGAAAUACCGCUAUUUAGCCUAUGCUUUUGGGCAAGUCGUGGCCUAAAGGUUAAAGAAGCGAGCUUGAGGUCGCCGGUUCAAUCCCCCGACCAACAGGAGGAAAUCUGGGGGGGGGAAGUGAAGCAGCGCUUGUCCUUCCCUCAUUACCACCACUGAGGUGCCCAACCACUCUAGCGGAGCUGCUCAGUGGCCAGCAGAUCAGACUGGGGUUGUACCGGGCUGCUUCCAGGUAUGAAUGUGUAACUGUGUGAAUGUGACAGGUCGUCGUUGCAAAUGAGAAUUUGUUCUCAAUUGACUUACCUGGAUAAAUAAAGGUUAAAUAAAAUUGGCUUGUGUUGCAAUUUUAACAAACUGUUUUUGUGCUAAGCUUAUGAUAGAAAAUGCCACUAUGAUGUAAAUAUUUAAUAUGGUGUGCCUAUUUAUUGUUUAAAUAUUGAAAUAUAUUUUGCUUCAUUGAUGUCAUUGAAUCAGGGGAUUUUAUGGGCCUUUGUAAUAUAUAUUCCCUAAGCUGCUAUAUUAAUUAACUAAAUAGGUGAUACCAUUGUAUUUGUGCCUGUGACACUGGAAGGACUAUUUCAUUGUAGUUUAUUGGGGCUCAUAGGCCAGUUUAUACACUGCUGAUAUCUUGCGUUGUGUUUGUUUUCUUUAUAGCUCUUUUUUAUUGGUCACUUGUUAUUAGAGAAACAUCUGCAUAUUGCAGGUGCUGAUAACAGUGCACAUUUGGGUUACUCUUACACAAAAUACAUAAAUCAAUUAAUGUUGCAAACUAGACACACAAAUGUUUAAAAUUUGACAUAAGGAAAUUAAAGCUUUUGCUUGUUAGCAUGUGUAUGUAGUGAACUAUAGAAAACAGACAUAAAGUCAUGUGAUAAAAAAUGCAAUAUUCUACAGUUUAAUGAUCUCAAAUGAAUGCACUUUAUUCACAUUGCUUUAUUUAAUUUAACUCAGUAAAAGGCAGUGAAAUGAGUCCUCCAGAUGACUUAAGCUUUAGUCUGUCACUGUAAAUGUGUAUAAUCUUGCUAUAUGUAAUGUAAAUGUUAUUUUUAUUAAACAAUAUACAGUAUGAACAUGAGACUAAAAACGUUAUUGUUGUUGAUUUCAGCUUUGUAACUGUGUGGGU